AAUAUAGAAAAAUGGAGCAAAUCGUUGAGCAACCAAUGGUGGAAUCCGAUAACGAAUCGCAGAUUUCCGAAGCCGUAGACCAGAAUACAAAGAAAUCUACAUCUAAAAGUGGAGAUUUAUUUGUUCGUGACCUUCAGUAACCUAGCCUGCUUAUAUCCUCAUCACAAAAAUGUCUAAAAGACCUUUGUCAAGCACUUCAAGAGAUGAGUCAAUGGAAAUUGAUUUUCACCGUGAAAGUAGCAGAAAAAAGCAACGUCUUGAAGCUUGUCACAGUGGUAACGUUUUUGUAGAACUUAAGAGUGCUUUUAGAGGAAUUUUGAAAACUUAUUACCUCAAAAACGGAUGCGAUGAGGUAAAAGACAUUGCUUUGUUUUUAGAAUCACAUAAAGUAAAACUUAUAGAAUUGGUAAAUCAACAGUUAAGUGUUAAUGGUGCAGUGAAAUUUAAUCUUGUGUUUGAAUGUACGUAUAUUAAACCACUUAGUGAAGAAACUCAGGCAAGAGCCUUUAAGACUAAGAAUAAAAAGAUUUUGUAUGACUCUUCAAUUGAUUCAAUAGUUAAAAGAAUGUACAGAAAGAUUUCUCAAGAAGAAAGCGAGUAUCUUGACAAAGGAAGUGGUUGGACACUGUAUAAAAUAGAUGGUAUUCUCGUAAGAUUUAGUAGGUACAGACCUCUCAGAGGUAGUACGUAUAUUCCACUACCUCAAAUCAUUGAAAAUAAAAAAGCAGUAAUAAAUCCAAAAAAUUUACAUGAUAAUCAGUGUUUUAAGUGGGCCAUCAUUUCUCGAUAUGUAAAAGGUUCUCACCGAGAACGUGUAAAUAACCGAUAUCUCAACUUACAGAAUAAAUUCAAUUUUGAAGGAAUAAGUUUUCCCACACCACUUAAUCAAGUAAAAAAAUUUGAAAAGAAUAAUCCCAAUGUAAGUGUUAAUGUUUAUAGUUUCAACGAAAGUGAGGAUGUUUAUCCAUUGAAGGUAUGUGACAAGGAGCUUAAGGAACAUUUCGAUCUGCUUCUCUACACAAACAAUAUAGGUAUAAGUCAUUACUGUUAUAUAACUAAUUUUUCUAGAUUAGUUAGGUCUCAGAUAACUAGUCAUGAAACACAAGCUUCUUUCUGUAAGAGAUGUUUUAAACACUUUCAGGGAUCUAAUUCUAAAACACAGUUAAAGAAUCAUAUAAAAGAUUGUAUUUCACAUAAACCUAUUAAAGUUAUUAUGCCUGUUGACAGUGAUGAUUCGGACGAACCGUUGUUUUUAUCUUUUUCAAAUUUUCAUUACAAAUACCCAGUACCUAUUGUAGCUUAUUGCGAUUUUGAAUCUAUUCUAAAAAAGCCUUUAGCUGAAGAAAAGUUGUCUCAACAUGUAACUGUAAAAUCUAUUCACGAGCCAAUGAGCUUUUGUGUGUAUUUUGCUUACGAUAAAGACAGUCUACCUGAUGAAAUAUUAAAUAGCUUACCGAAUGAACCAUAUUUGUAUAGAGGACCUAAUGCCUCGGCUAAAUUUGUAGAAUAUAUAGUAAGCAUGGCAAACCUAAUUGGUGAUUUAUUAGAUGUAAACAAAUCAAUGCUACCUCUUACUCAGGAAGAAAAAGAAAGAGUUAAGUCAACCACUCAUUGUGAAUGCUGCAAUUCGGAGUUUACUGAAACUUUCAACCAACCUUGUAAAGAUCACUGUCAUUUGUCAGGACGUUUUAGAUCAGUUUUGUGUUAUGCUUGUAACUUAAAGCGACAAAAUCAAAAGUUUCUUCCUGUAGUAAUUCACGGAAGUUCAAAUUACGAUAGUCAUUUUAUAAUAAAAAAUCUAGGUUGUGAUGAAAGAAAAGUUGAAGUAAUUCCGAAUAGCAAAGAAAAAUACAUUUCAUUUGUUAAGCAUACAGAAAGUGGAAUUAAAUUAAGAUUUGUUGAUAGCUUUAGAUUUAUGGGAAGUAGUUUAAGUUCGCUUGUACAAAAUUUAAGCUUAGACCAAUUUAAUCAUACAAAGAUGUUUUUUAACAACGAAGACUUGUCAUUAGUUACUAGAAAGGGUGUUUAUCCAUAUGAGUUUACAGAUGCUUGGGAAAAACUUGAUUUAACUCAGUUGCCAAGCAAGGAAUGUUUCUAUAACACUAUGACUCUAAAUGACAUCAGUGAAUGAGAUUAUGAACAUGCUAAAAAGGUUUGGAAUAGUUUUCAAUGUAAAACACUAGGUGAAUAUAGUGAUCUUUACCUUAAAACUGAUGUAUUACUUUUGUGUGAUGUAUUUCAAAACUUUAGAUUAGUAUGUCAAUCAAACUACGAUUUGGAUCCUGCUCAUUACUUAACCUUACCUAGUCUUACUUUUGAUGCUAUGUUAAAAUUUACAAACGUAAAACUUGAACUUAUUGAAGACUAUAAUCAAUAUCUUUUCAUUGAGAAAGGUAUAAGAGGUGGUAUUACACAGUGUGUAAAACGCUAUGCAAAAUCUAAUAAUAGUUACAUGGGUAACGCCUUUGAUCCUGGAAAAGACAGUUCAUUUUUAAUAUAUAUAGAUGCAAACAACUUAUAUGGAUACGCAAUGUCAAAACCUAUACCAAAAGAUUCUUUUAAAUGGUUAACCAAAAAACAAAUUAAGACAUUUGAUGUUUUGUCUGUACCUGAUAAUGAGGAUGUUGGUUACAUAAUUGAGUGUGAUGUAAAAUAUCCUCAUCGUUUACAUGACAAACACAAUGACUUACCGUUCUUGUCAGAAAACAAAUGUCCUCCAGGAUCAAAGGAAAUCAAACUCCUAACUACUUUACAACACAAAAAGAAAUACGUUUGUCACUAUUUAGUUUUAAAGCAAGCUUUGAAUCAUGGAUUAAAACUAAAGAAAAUCCGUAGAGUAUUGAAAUUUAAUCAAAGCACUUGGUUGAAACCUUAUAUAGAUUUCAAUACUAAAAAACGAAAAGAAGCAAACAAUAGCUUUGAGAAAGAAUUUUAUAAGCUUCUUAACAAUGCUAUGUUUGGAAAAACAAUUGAAAAUAUAAGAAAACGUACUAAUCUUGAACUGGUAACUGAUUCCAGAAAAGUAGAAAAACUUGUUUCUAAACCUGGGUUCAAGAACAGAAUUGUCUAUGGUGAGAAUAUUUCAGCCAUUGAAAUGGUAAAGGAUAAAUUGUAUUUUAAUAAACCAAUCUAUAUAGGUUUUACUGUUCUUGAAUUAUCUAAAUUGCAUAUGUAUGAUUUUCACUAUAAUGUAGUUAAACCUUUUUAUUCCAAUAAGAUUGUUAACGUACUUUAUUUAGAUACAGAUUCCUUUUUUUAUGAAAUAUUCACUCCUGAUGUGUAUGAGGAUUUCCUCAACCCAAACUUAAAGUGCUUUCUUGAUUUGUCCGACUACCCUAAAGAUCAUAAAUGUUAUGACGAGACAAACAAGAAAACUCUAGGAAUAUUCAAAGAUGAAUGUGUAAGUAUUCCUAUUUUAGAAUUUAUAGGUUUGAAACCUAAAUUGUACACAUAUACAACUAUGAAUAAUGAAUAUCUUACAACAAGUCAGGGUCAUAGAUUGAAAAAAGCCAAAGGUAUAACAAAAUCAGUUGUAGAUAAAAAAAUUCACUUUAAUGAUUUCCUGAACUGUUUGAAUAAUAAAGUCAAUUUAAGAUGUGAUGUAACAUUAUUUCAAUCAAAAAAACAUAAUAUCAAAACAUUAUCAGUAAACAAAUUGGCAUUAAAUUAUGAUGAUGACAAAAGGAGUGUUUGUGAAGAUGGCAUCAAUACAAUUGCUUAUGGACAUUACCAACUAAAAUGAUGUUAACAAUAUACAUUCACCUGUUGUUAUGUAAAUAUUGUAAAUAAAACUGAUUGUAUACUAAUAA